CAGUGAGUUGUCCGCCUGUGAGUGUGUGUGUGUGUGUGUGUGUGUGAGAGUGUGUGUCUGUCCGUCCUGAGAUGAGCGCACACCGGUGCCGGCUGCAGGUUUUCUGUGCAGACAUCAGCUGAAAGGCGGCGGACUGAAAGCGUUGAUCACCUUGUGUGUGUUUGUGUGACUGUGUGAGUGUGUGAGCGUGUGUGUGACAUGUUUAAAAUCCGGAUCGAUCCUCAGAGUGUUUGACUUGAUCUUGAACCGCGAAGAUGCUGACCGACAGGAUCGUGGAGGAAGAAUUUGAGAUCAAGGAGGAGGAACCGUGGUACGACAAGCAGGACCUGGAGCAUGACCUGCAGCUGGCCGCCGAGCUCGGGAAGACUCUCCUGGAGCGGAACAGGGAGCUGGAGCAGGGCCUGCAGCAGAUGUACUCCACCAACCAGGAGCAGCUGCAGGAGAUCGAGUACCUGACGAAGCAGGUGGACCUUCUCAGGCAGGUCAAUGACCAGCACGCUAAAGUGUACGAGCAGCUGGACGUGUCGGCCCGAGAGCUGGAGCAGAGCAACCACAAACUGGUUCUGGACAACAGGGCGGCCCAGCAGAAGAUCCAGGGGCUGACGGAGACGGUGGAGCUGCUGCAGACGCAGGUGGAGGAGCUGCAGCAUCAGGUGGAGGAGCUGAAGUUGAGUCCUGUUCAGUCUCAGAAGCCUCUGCACAGAGAGAAGUGGGCACCUCGCAGCACCCAGAGUGUGUCCUGUCUGAAAGAGCUGCAGAAGGAUCUCAGGUACGACUAUGAGACCGAUGGACCCUCUGACGGCGGCGAAUCCUCCGACUUCUCGUGGCACGAGGAGGAGCAGGCGUCGCUCCGACAGUCGCUCCGCAGCCUCCAGACUCAGUUCGCCGCUGAGCGCGCUCGGAGGGAAGAGUCGGAGCGAGAGGCCGAGCUGCUCGCCGCUGAAAAUGAAGCUCUGGAGCAGCAGCUGACAGGGAUGGACGCAUGUCGGGCCAGAGUGUCUGAGCUGGAGCGGGAGGUCGAUGAGCUCCGUCAGCUCUGGAAAUCAGACUCCUCCACCAGAUCCAACAGGCCGGACAUCAUCCACAGCCUGCUGCCCAACUCCAUGUUCCUCCACCCGGAGGAGGAGGGUGAAGGGUAUGGGGCUGCAGUGAGAAGCCCUCGGGUCCUGAAGCGUUGGGACAGCGAGCGGCUGAUGAAGGCGGCCCAGAUGCCCGACUCUCCUGAUAGGAUCUACGACCACGAGUGCUCCUGCGUGCGCCGAGCCGAGGUGGUGAAGUACCGCGGGAUCUCGCUGCUCAACGAGGUCGACGCCCAGUACAGUGCCUUGCAGGUGAAGUACGACGAGCUGCUGCGCCGCUGUCACCAGGGGCAACCGGAGGAGGAGGAGGAGGAGGAUGAGCAGAGCCACAAGUCGGUCCAGACUGCGUCCCUCGCCACCUCUUGUCCCGCUCUGACGGACCUGGAGGGCUUUGAGGACGACUUUCACCAGCCGGAGUACAAGGAACUUUUUAGGGAAAUUUUCUCUCGUAUUCAGAAAACCAAAGAGGACCUGAUGGAAAACAGAGAGAGACUCUCAGCUGGUGAAGUGCUGCCUUCUUUGCAUUAGAAAAGGAACAAAAAAAAAGACCUGCUGCAAAUUAAUUAUUGGUCUUCCAGUUAAAGAGCGACUCUUUGGAAAGACUUCAAAACAGCAGCACAUGAAGCUAACAAACUCUCCACUUUACUGUAUGUUAUUUUCCCAGAAAUGGUGAUCACCAUGCAAAAAAAAAAGGGGGUUCAGAGAUACGAGUGAUGCAGGAACAAGAAGGCCGAAACACCACCAGCUCAACACGUGGCUCAUAUUUGCACAGAAACACCAGUGCCUGACGCUGCCGUCUCUACUGUACAAUCACUCUACCUCACUUUGCACAACCCUGAUCGCAGACAGGGGAUCAUUUCUGGGUCUUCUCUUCAUAAGCUGCUUCGGUGACACUUUAUUUUACGGGUCGGGUGGUAUCCUGUAGUUUCCUACAAAGAACUGGACACGUUAGUGGAAUUUCACAGAGCGGUUCCUGGACAUAGACAUAAAGAUGUAAUUUGGUGAUAAUCAGAGAGAAAACAGAGACGUAUUCAAUCAGUACUAUUUCAGUGUGACCUUAAAGUCUUGUCGUCAGUGACAAUGCAAAAGUCCGAAAAAAGUCCAAAAGUCAGAAAAUCCAAAAUCUUUGUUUGACUAAGUGACGAAACUCAAAAGUUUGUUCAGUUUACUGUCAUAGAAGACAAAGGCAGCCAAGAAAUACUCACAUUUGAGAAGCUUCAACCACUUACGUUCUUAUUUUUUGCUUGAAAUAAUGUCUUAAAUGAUUCAUUGACUAAAUUAUGCUGAUAUAUAUUGUGAUCAGCUGAUCAACUGAUUAACAUAUUAUUUCAGCUCUAAUUGCUGUAACCUUGUUACAGUUGUAACCUAAAAAGUCUUUUGGAUCGGGAUGAGUUAGCUGGAUGCUAACCAGACAAUCCCACCAAUUGCGACUCUCUUUUAGCUCCAUUUUUGGUCUCCACCACCCUGUGAGGGAAAUAUCAGACUUUUUAGCUGCUUAAUGCUGCGCUGUGUUCAACAGCUUGCUUCUACCUGUGUCUGUCUGCUGUUUGGUGAUGAGCAUCAUAUAUGGUUUAGACAGUUUUAGAGCUUUAAGUCUGACAAAUCAAAAACAAUGCUAGCAGACUGAGCUAAAAUAGCCGGGCAGCUGGACAAUGAGAUGACUGGAGCUGCAGAUUCAGGUGAUAAGUCUUUGUAGGUUUGUCACCGUCUGCAGCGUCAUGUUGUUUCUACAUGAUCAAUUUAGGCUUUAUGAUAAAAAUAUUGAACGCCUAUAAUCAGCCAAAACUUUCGAUCUAUUUUCAGUGUAAUUAAUCCUAAAUAUUUUGAUAAUUCGUCAAUCAUUUCAGUCAUUUUUUCAAGAAAGACAUGUCAAACAUUUGCUGUUUCCAGCUUCUCACGUGUAGAUUUGCUGCUUUUCUUUGUGUUUAAUGACAGUAAAUGAAGAGUCUUUGUGUUUCGGACUGCCGGUCGGACAAGCGAGGCACUUUGAAGACGUCACUUUGGUCUCUAGGAAGUUGUGACGCGCAUUUUUCACAGUUUUUUGGGCAUUUUAUAGAUCAAUCGUAAAAACAUAAAUGUCAUAUUAAUCGAUAAUUGAAAAUGUAGCCGCUCUUUCCUGGAAACUUAAAAGAAAAAAAAUGAGGGAAUUUCAGAUCCAUAAAAUAAAAUGUGAUCACUUUAACUGCUGUUUAUUUUUGUUUACUGAGCUCCGAUGAUCCAGCGUGAACCUUUUUUUAAUUUAUCUUUUCUUUCUUUGGGACUGUGUACAAAAAAGAAAAAGUAGCUUUCUUGUCGAUGGGUUUUUGCCUGUGCCUGUAAGGGCAAACGAAAGAGUGACUGUCUGACGUCAUGUUGGUUUAUAUUAUCUUUAGAACAAGCUGUUGAUUCAAGGUGCUAAAAAUGUAUAAUCGUGGCAAAACAAUACUUGAUUAUUGUACGAUAGGGUUAGCGGAGUGAAUGUCAUAUUAAAGGGAAGUUUUCCUGAAAGACUAACUGUAUGUGCUGUAUGUAGCUCCUGGUGUAUUAGCCUGAUGAAGCCAUGUAUGAUUAGAAGCUUUUCUCUGGCUGCCUGAUGUUCACGUGUCCUCGUUAAGCUUCAGACUGUGCACAUAGUUCGUUAGAUGUCCAUUAAAUCACGCUGAGAAGCACUUUAGCACAUUAGCGCUGCUCUCCUGUCACUUUACAUGUCUGUCUUAUGUAGUUGAUGUGCUUCCUGAAUAAUCUCGCAGUAUGUACGUACGAUGUUUUUACCUGUUUCAUGGUUUGAGCCAUAAAAACAUGAAGCAAGCCGAAACUGAA